GAUGGCGUUUUCCCGCGAAGGAGAAGCGCGCGUUUUUCCCUGGUCGGGGAUUUGGCGAGGAGGCUGGGCAGGCGGCAGCCGAGAGACUUUAGCGCGCUCCGUUGCGGACGCUGAGAGGAGAGGACCCGGUUUUGGAGUGUGUGUCAGCCAUGCCGGCGCAGCGGCCCGCGAGCAGCGAUGAGUCCCUGGCUCCAGAUCCGGUUGAAGAGCCCGAGACCGCCGUGAUUACCCAAGCCAUGCUGGAGGAGGAAGAACAGCUCGAGGCUGCUGGACUCGAGAGGGAGCGGAAGAUGAUAGAAAAGGCUCGCAUGUCUUGGGAUAGAGAGUCCGUGGACAUUCGGUACCGUAGACUUCAACAUUUGCUUGAAAAAAGCAAUAUCUACUCCAAAUUUUUAUUAACUAAAAUGGAACAGCAACAACUAGAGGAACAGAAGAAGAAAGAGAAAUUGGAAAGAAAAAAGGAAUCUUUAAAAGUUACUAAGGGUAAAAAUUCCACUGAUGCAAGUGAAGAGAAUCCAGUUAUGAGAAAGAAGAGAGGAAGAGAAGAUGAAUCAUACAAUAUUUCAGAGGUCAUGUCAAAAGAGGAAAUUUUGUCUGUGGCUAAAAAAAAUAAAAAGGAGAAUGAGAAUGAAAGCUCCUCUUCUAAUCUCUGUGUAGAAGACCUUCAGAAAAACAAAGAUUCAAAUAGUAUGAUUAAAAAUAGAUUGUCUGAAACGGUUAGGCAGAAUACUAAAUUCUUUUUUGACCCAGUUCGGAAAUGUAAUGGACAGCCCGUACCCUUUCAACAACCAAAACACUUCACGGGAGGAGUGAUGCGGUGGUACCAAGUGGAAGGCAUGGAAUGGCUUAGGAUGCUUUGGGAAAAUGGAAUAAAUGGCAUUUUAGCAGAUGAAAUGGGAUUGGGAAAGACAGUUCAGUGUAUUGCUACAAUUGCACUGAUGAUUCAGAGAGGAGUACCUGGACCUUUUCUUGUCUGUGGACCUUUAUCUACACUUCCUAACUGGAUGGCUGAAUUCCAAAGAUUUACACCAGACAUUCCUACUAUGUUAUAUCAUGGAACCCAGCAGGAACGUCGAAAAUUAGUAAAGAAUAUUCACAAGCGGAAAGGGACCCUGCAGAUUCAUCCUGUGGUAAUUACUUCAUUUGAAAUAGCCAUGAGAGACCGAAAUGCAUUACAGCACUGCUAUUGGAAAUACUUAAUAGUAGAUGAAGGACACAGGAUUAAAAACAUGAAAUGCCGUCUGAUCAGGGAGUUAAAACGAUUUAAUGCAGAUAACAAACUUCUUUUGACUGGUACUCCCUUGCAAAACAAUUUAUCAGAACUUUGGUCAUUACUGAACUUUUUGUUGCCAGAUGUAUUCGAUGACUUGAAAAGCUUUGAAUCUUGGUUUGAUAUCACUAGUCUUUCAGAAACUGCUGAAGAUAUUAUUGCUAAAGAACGAGAACAGAAUGUAUUGCAUAUGCUGCACCAGAUUCUAACACCUUUUUUACUGAGAAGACUAAAAUCUGAUGUUGCUCUUGAAGUUCCUCCUAAGCGAGAAGUAGUUGUUUAUGCACCACUUUCAAAGAAACAAGAGAUCUUUUACACAGCCAUUGUGAACCGUACAAUUGCAAACAUGUUUGGAUGCAGUGAGAAAGAAACAGUUGAGCUAAGUCCCACUGGACGACCAAGACGGCGUUCCAGAAAGUCAAUAAAUUACAGCAAAAUAGAUGAUUUCCCUAAUGAAUUGGAAAAAUUGAUCAGUCAAAUACAGCCAGAAGUAGACCGAGAAAGAGCUGUUGUGGAAACGAAUAUCCCUCUAGAGUCUGAAGUUAAUCUGAAGCUGCAGAAUAUAAUGAUGCUCCUUCGUAAAUGCUGUAAUCAUCCGUAUUUGAUUGAAUACCCAAUAGACCCGGUCACACAAGAGUUUAAGAUUGAUGAAGAGUUGGUAACAAAUUCUGGGAAAUUCUUAAUUUUGGAUCGAAUGCUGCCAGAACUAAAAUCCAGAGGUCACAAGGUGCUGCUAUUUUCACAAAUGACAAGAAUGUUAGAUAUUUUGAUGGAUUACUGCCACUUUAGAAAUUUCAACUUCAGCAGGCUUGAUGGAUCCAUGUCUUAUUCAGAGAGAGAAAAAAAUAUGCACAGCUUCAACACAGAUCCAGAGGUGUUUAUCUUCUUAGUCAGUACACGAGCUGGUGGCCUGGGCAUUAAUUUGACUGCAGCAGAUACAGUUAUCAUUUAUGAUAGUGAUUGGAAUCCCCAAUCUGAUCUUCAGGCCCAGGAUAGAUGUCAUAGAAUUGGUCAGACAAAGCCCGUUGUUGUAUAUCGUCUUGUCACAGCAAAUACUAUUGAUCAGAAAAUUGUGGAAAGAGCAGCUGCUAAAAGAAAACUGGAAAAGUUGAUCAUCCACAAAAAUCAUUUCAAAGGUGGUCAGUCUGGAUUAAAUCAAUCUAAGAACUUCUUAGACCCUAAGGAAUUAAUGGAAUUAUUAAAAUCUAGAGAUUAUGAAAGAGAAGUAAAAGGAUCAAGAGAGAAGGUCAUUAGCGAUAAAGAUUUGGAGUUGUUGCUAGAUCGAAGUGAUCUCAUUGAUCAAAUGAAUGCCUCAGGACCGAUUAAAGAGAAGAUGGGGAUUUUCAAGAUACUAGAAAAUUCUGAGGAUUCCAGUCCUGAAUGUUUGUUUUAAAUUGGAACUAAAGACUGCCCUUAAAGUUCUUGUUUACAUCUAGUGAUUUACCUGUAUUGGUUUUAAAAUCCAGAUUAUCCGCUUUACUUUUUUGGUUGUAUCAGUUUACAUAAUGAAACUUGUACCAUUGCAUAAUUAAUAGAUGGUAAUUUUCUGAGCCUUAUUAAGAACAAAGAAGUACUCAUAGUAAGUUUAGAUUUUUCCGUUAAUUUUUUGGGCUCAGUAAUAUUCUUGGGUACAGGCUGAUGUGUACUUAACCACUGCCAGAUUUAUACAGUCUUCCUGUGGAAGUUUAAAGUCUUUCCCCCCUUUUAGGAGUACAGUUCAUGGGUUUGGGGUACUUCAUUUAUGGAGUAGGCUUUUGAUGGGGGAAUCAUUGGGAUUAUGCUUUCUGGUGUUUAAAUAAGAAAUUGUUUGGUUUUAGAGUCUAUUUCUAUAAAAUAAAUUACCAAAUAAAUGUUUGUUAUAUGAUGA